GCUAAAACCAGAUCCGUGAGCAAACACAGGUGCUCGAGCGCUUAGGAGGACAACUGCUUCGUGUGAGAGAGCAAGUGGAAGCUUCACAGCCAUCCAGUUUCCCCUUUUUCCGAGAGCACUGAAUCUAAGAUGGCUGCCGACUCCCCCCCAAGAUCUGAGGUGGAAGAGCUCCAGAGGAGGGCUAACCAGGUGACAGAUGAGUCACUAGAGAUCACCAGAAACAUGAGGCUUCUUUUAGAAGAGAGCAAAGAUGCAGGGAUCAAGACGCUGGUCAUGCUGGAUGAGCAAGGCGAGCAACUGGAGCGGAUAGAAGAGGGUCUGGACCAGAUCAAUCAGGAUAUGAGAGAAGCUGAGAAAAAUCUCACAGACAUGGGCAAAUGCUGCGGCCUGUGCUCCUGUGAUAAGCUGAAAGACUUCGAGGCAAGUGGAGCAUAUAAGAAGGUGUGGGGUAAUAAUCAGGAUGGCGUGGUGUCAACCCAGCCCCCAUCCCGUGUGGUGGAUGAGAGGGAGAAGAUGACCAUGAGUGGUGGAUAUAUCAGAAGAGUGACAAACGAUGCCAGAGAGGAUGAGAUGGAGGAGAAUCUGGCCCAGGUCGGCAGCAUCCUCGGCAACUUGAGAAGCAUGGCACUUGACAUGCGUAAUGAAAUUGAUACUCAGAACACCCAGAUUGAGCGCAUACAGGGGAAGGCCAUUGUCAAUGAGUCUCGCAUCAAUGAGGCCAAUCAGAGGGCUAACAAGCUAAUAUCAAGAUAAAACGGAGGAGAGAUGGCAAUUGGAUAAACAAGUUUACAAGUGUAUACAUCUGGAACACAAAAUGCAGCCCCAGGCUUUCUCUCAUUUUGAAAGCAACUGACCAUAGAAUGUUGUUUAACAUACGUAACCAUGUGCAUUAAGAUUAACAUAGCUGUAUUCAUCUAUUUUCCACAUUUGUAACUUUCCAUAAUAAUAACAAUAAUAAAAAUAUUAGAGCACAUUUACUAUAAUGUAAACCAGUUCUUUGGUUGCUGUUUGAAACGCUUAGUCUAUGUAUUUUAUAAUAUCUUUGUUAAUUAAUUUUAUGUAUGCAUAUUAAAGGUAGCUACAUGUUAAUGACAACCUAUGUCAAAAGUUUUCUUAUUGGCUACAAAUAGCAGCGCAAGUGUGUCAAUAGCUUAUAUACCUGUGCCUCUUUGAACUGGCAUGAAACAGGCUCAAUGCAGAUUUGUGUUCUGUUGUGCAUUCUCAAAUUACUCUUGUGGAGAGCAUCAUGCCAAGAAAACACUGAGUGUAAAAAGUGCAAAACUGAGAAAGCCUGUACAAUGUGACUGUCCAUUUGUGUUUUUAACAAUUAUUCUGCAUUUGUUUGUAAUAAAUACUACACAUUGUGCAGUGGGUUUGUACAUAGCUACUGCCAAGUAA